ACUCGAGGAAGUGUUUUGUUGUCAUGGCGGUGUUUUAAACCAUUUGACAUUUGUUAUAAACAAACUGGGUGGGUUUUGGUUUUGUUUAACAACCAACUAUCAUGUUAAACACAAUGGCAGGCAGUUGACGCUUCUACUCGUGGGUUGUCCGUUUACUGCCUGUUUGUAUGUGUACUGUGAAACGCGGAAGCAUGAAGGAUUUAUCGAAAUGAUCGGUUGGUUUUUCAUCUCAAAUUUAGGAUAUUGUCAGGAUGAUUUCUGAUUUUCAUAGGGGGUCUCCUAUGACCAUCGGCGAAAUGGGCUCUGUGAACCGUGAAUGGAUUAAAAAAGGUCCAUCUGCGUUUCAGAUUCAUGGCUUGCAGACGCAGCUUCAGUUCAGUGACACAGUAGCACCCAGUGUCUAUAACCGAGCGACCCGAGUUAGACCUCCUUCACCUAUCCUGAUAGAGAAACUUGCACGCAGGACACAGGGACAGGAUGAUGUUGAAAGCUGCACCAGUUCCUUACGACUCUCAGUCCUCUCGGAAGAGCGACUGCAGGCUGCGGUCAAAUUGGCUAGGAGAGACCUGAGCAGAAAAAGGCAGGAAUCCAUCAGCCGUUUGUCACUUGAACCAGCGGAGAGAUCAGACAAUACCAGUCUUCAGAGGAACAAUAUGGAUGACAGCUUUCAAGUAUGUCCAAGAAUGUCAGGUACGAAGAACCAAACCAAAAAUGUUGAUCGGGUGCUUGUGUAUAGUCCUCCGAAGCACAAUAGCCAGCCCAGACUGGGCCAUACACCACCCACCAAAGACCUCAGUAAUGAACAACAGCUUAGUCAGGAGAUUCGCAAAUUACAGGAGGAACUGAGCACAUAUGUUCAAAGGAUAGAGCAGCUGGCUAAUAAAGGGCAUGCAGUAGAGGUUCAGGAGCCGGAUGAGAAACGCCGGAUGGAGAUCCGUCGGCAGGAGCAGAAAGCUCGUUCUGCACGCAUCAUCUACGUAUUACAGCAACAGGUCAAAGAAAUUCAGGAGGAUCUAGACAAGCUCCGUUCUGAAAAUAUCAAACAUACUAAAAAGUCCAAGGCAAUGGACAGACUCGCUGCUGCUCACAGGGGUGCUGUAAGAGCCAUGCAAGUGUUUAUCAGCCAGCUGUCGGACCCUGCAGAGAGCAAAGUGCCUACCCAGUGCAAAGAGCUGGGCCAGCUGAUUCGCCAGCUCUCUCUCUGCUCUGCUAAAGUAGAGGUGCGAGAAGGAUCUGCUGUGCCGGAGACAGCCCUCGAUAUCCUGCAGAAACUAGAGUCUCUUGACUCAGCGCUGAGUAAGCAAGAGGCGUCCAGGGAGAGUGUCUCACAUCCGCAGAGUAUCAAGCAUGAAAAAGAAAAGGCUUCCUCGAAGGCUGGGGUUCGAAACAUGCCCCCUCCCUAUCUUAUCAAAGGUCAAGACAAAAAGACCUCUCAGACAGUCCGUAAGCCUGCUGCUGGAAGAAAACCUGUAGGCAGACUGGCUGGGAAGCCCAACAGGACCUCACAGGCAUUAAUGAAGGAACGCAAUGAAGUUCUGAAGGCAGGGCUAGAGAGCCUUAUUCAUCAUCAACAGCAGAGAGAGACAGAACCAGUAACACCCAACAAAUCUGUCAGUACCAUCAACCCAGGCCAUGUUAAGGCCAGUCAUGUUCAUGAUAGCAGCUUUCAGCAGCCCACUGUUUCAUCUCGGUUAAGGGAGAAUCAGGUACCCCAGAGAGAGACCACAGUGCCUUGGAUACCAACAUCUCCUCACUCCCCAUCUCGCCAGCGUGUUGUGUCUAGUAGGCCAGAACCCAGAUGCCUGUUCUCCACUGUAAAGAGCCCAGAAAAGCAGGAGCCACAUACCUUGUCCACAGAGCAUAGCCCCACAUCACAUCACAGGAAACAAGCCCAGAAUGAGGCUCUCAGGCAAGCCUGGCUGGAGCGGGUGACUGCAGAGAGAUUGAGAGAACUGAAUCGUCUGAGUAAAGAGGAAGCAGAUCGCAUUAAUAAACUCCGGAACACAGUGGGCUCUCCCACACAAUGGGCGGAAAGAGCUGAGCGCACCGCUCGAGAGAGAAUUCAACCUUUGCUGGAUCAAGCACAGCGGGUUGUCUCUUUUGGACAACAGCAGAAGGGUGCAGAAAAGCAGCCUCCGGCGAGUGUAGACAUGCUGAGCGAGGCUGUUAUCGAGGAUCUUGUGGAGGACACAGCUCGAGCUCUAUUGGCAGCUGAGAAGCAACAGGCGGCUGAGAUUGAUGCUGAGAGGCAGCUGCAGAGACCCACGCUAGAGAGCAUGCUGCUGAGGAUGGAGGAGAUGGAGAGAGAACAGGAGGAAGUACGCAGGCGUUUUGCAAUGAUCUCAUACUCUGACCCUCUCACAUGGGAUAAAGGCGCAGAUACAAGAAAUAUAUCCAACUCAAGACCAGCCUCUCCUCAUCCCAUCCGAAUGACAAAACCAGUCUUGAAUGCACCAAUCACAGUUGACAUCCUCUUGCAAAGACCUGUGGAGACUGGGGCUGUGUCAGAUACAUCAAUGCUGGAUGAGGAGCCUUCACCAAAUGACCCCAGUCAUGCAGUCACAGCAGAAGUGAAGAGGACAGGAGGAGUUCAUCUAAGUGUGCCGCCCAGCAUGCAGAGGAACAUUCAGAAAUACAGGAAGAACCAUGAUGCCUUCCUGCAGCUCGUCUCGCAUGACGCUGUGGGAAACUUCAACCCCUGGGUCAUAGCAGACAGUCUGGCAGAAGAACUGAUGGAUGAGGCUCUUACUGAAGUAGCUGCAGAAUUCCAGGAUGUUUGUGAGGAAUAUGCGGAAGCUGUUUUCACUUCAGAAUUCCUCCAGCCUGUCCAGUCCCCCACCACUUCGGUGUCAUAGCUACUACUUCUUGACUAACUGAGACUCAUCUUAUAAAUUUUUUACAUUUUUAAACAAGUUUUUAACUGUACAUAUGUGUCAUUCCUUAUAUAUUUGUGUGUUAUGUUUUUCGGUUUUAUCUAAAGUUGAGUUUUAUAUUUAAAUCCGGGAUUUUAUAUCAUUCAAAAGAACUCUUUUGUCUGAAAACUCUUCCUUUAUGUCCUUUAUGUGUAGUAUGACUCUGAAACACAUAAACAGUUGUCUUUCAGGGAGAAGCUGACACAUCAAUGUUACAUCAAUGUGCCAUAAUCCAUAUUGUCAUCCUCAUACAUUGGACUGUUGCUGUUGCUAUGCAGCAUUGACACAAGGGACUGCUACAUCAUCAAUGAAUUGUGCAGGAUUACAAGAUCUUUUCAGAAUUACUGUAAAUACUGGCACUAAAACACAAAGUUGGUGCUUUCACACAGGCCAAAACAUGUAGUUUUUCUCAAAGAAAAUUGUCUUUUAAGUUUACUUAUCUCUCCAGAUGUUGCCUGGAAUCCUUAUUGUGUUUGGAUCAGGUGAUGUAUUUAUAAUGUGUGUCUUAUUUAUGUGUCAGUCAAUAAAGAAGAGAGCUCUGGCCUGAACUCAUCAGGCAGAUGUUAAGCUGGCAUAUUAGGAAUCAAACAGGACACAGACUCUGUUAGUCUUAAAUAUCUGUUGCAUUGUUGUCACAUGGGCCGUGUGUAGAAAUGUGCACGCCUACACCCCUUAUAUAACCAAGUAAGGUCAAUCAGCAUAAAGUGGCACAGUCAUGUAUUUUUACAUUAUAAUAAGAUCUGUGUAUAUUGAGGGUGUUAUAAUUGUUUGACUCUUUUUAGAGUAUAUUUUUUCCACCUAAUUAUUUAAGUGUGAAUUCAGUAAACAUUAGUUUGGACAGUCAGGGUGAAUCUCUUAACCAUCAGCCUUUCGAGUUGCGAAUCGGAUUGCUGCCAAAUGUUUAAACAAUUCAUAAAUGACUGCAUUCACAAACAAUUUCCAUUCAUUAUUAUUCAUCAAACAAUCCAUAAAAAAGUUGUGACAGAAAUGCCAAGUGUGCUUGUGAUAUUUUUGUUUACUUGUAAUCAUAGUAAAUGUUUUGAAAUGUGUACAAAUUAUAAUUGUAAUUCUUUAAUAAAUUCCUUGAUGUUG